CCUCCCUCUACGCGUCGGAGAAAAUGGCGGCACAAACAGAUAGAGGGAUACCCCUGAGUGCGCUCAGCCCAAAGUUCUUACACACCAACUCCACCAGCCACACCUGGCCUUUCAGCGCCAUCGCAGAGCUCAUCGACAAUGCGUACGAUCCAGAUGUCAGUGCCAAACAGUUUUGGAUCGACAAGACUCGGAUAAAAGGCUUGGACUGCCUGACGUUCAUGGACAAUGGAGCUGGGAUGAACUACGACAAGAUGCACAAGAUGCUGAGUUUUGGCUUCAGCGAUAAGCAGGCCAUUAAUGGCCACGUACCCGUGGGCCUCUAUGGAAACGGGUUCAAAUCGGGCUCCAUGCGUCUGGGGAAGGACGCCAUCGUUUUCUCUAAGACGCGGGACACCAUGUGCGUGGGGCUGCUGUCCCAGACCUACCUGGAGGCCGUCCGGGCCAAUCACAUAGUGGUUCCCAUCGUCACCUUCGCCCGCGUUGGGCACAACCAGUUCAGGGCUCUGUCGGAGCACGCGGCCAGCCUGCAGGACAUCCUCAGGUACUCGCUGUUUAAGACGGAGGCGGAGCUCUUCUCCGAGCUGCGCGCCAUCAACGCCACCUGCUCCACCGGCUCCAGCGGGACCCGCAUCAUCAUCUGGAACCUGCGCAGGAUGUCGACGGGUCAGCCGGAGUUUGAUUUCAACGUGAACAGGUACGACAUCCAGAUCCCGGCCGAUGUGUUCGAGAGCACAAGCGAGAAGUACAAGCGCCAGGACCGUCCCAACCAGUCCGUCCCGGAGAGCGACUACUCCCUGCGCGCCUACUGCAGCAUUCUGUACUUGAAGCCCAGGAUGCAGAUUGUGAUCAGAGGGCAAAAAGUGAAGACCCAGCUGAUUUCCAAGAGCCUGGCCUUCAUUGCCAAGGACCAUUACAGACCCAUCUUCCUGAACAAGCGCAUCCGCAUCACCUUCGGCUACAACACGAAAAGCAAGGAGCAGUACGGCAUCAUGAUGUACCACAGAAACCGGCUGAUAAAGGCCUACGAGCGCGUGGGCUGCCAGCUGAAGGCUAAUAACAGGGGUGUUGGAGUGAUUGGUGUCAUAGAGUGCAACUUCCUGAAACCAACUCACAACAAGCAGGACUUUGACUACACGGAUGAGUACAGGAAAACCAUAAAUAACCUUGGAGUUAAAUUGGAGGAGUACUGGAAUGAGAUUCGAUACAAGAGAGACAGAGAGGACCCCAACUGCACAAUACCAGUGGAGGACACUAUGAAGCGUCCAGAUCAGAACUGGGUCCAGUGUGACAACUGCUUAAAGUGGCGGAAACUUCCAGACGGCAUCGACUGCAGCCUGCUUCCGGAAAAGUGGUUCUGUCACAUGAACCCAGACCCCCAGUUCAGGAACUGUCAUGUGGAGGAGGAGCCAGAGGACUCUGAUGACGACCAGCCUUCAUACCAGAAAACCUACAAACAACAGGAGAGAUACAACAGGAUGCAACAGGAGAGGAACAGACAGCAGAUGGAGCAGGCGAAGAAGAAGGUGGAGAUGCAGAGGAUCGCAGCGCUGGCUCAGCAGAAUGAGGCGCUGCGGCGGCAGCAUGAGGACCUGAGGCGCCAGCUCAAACAGUCGAACUUACAGGGGAUCUCGCCACGGACCAUCGCCCAGACCCCACAUUCCAUCACCAACAGUGCACGUGGGCCACUGGGGGGCACUGUGACCAACACCACACCUCACAGCACCACCCGAGCAUGUCCAGGCGUCACCCACAGCUCCUCCACCAUGCCCAUCAUCUCCAGCGUCUGCUCCCUCUCCACUCCGUCCAGGAUGAAGAGGACGUUACCGCUGAACCCCGACAACGCCGAGGCCAAGCGGAGCCGGCUGAACGGCCUGCACCACAGCGGGGACGCUUCAGAGACCGCCAUCUCCGUGGAGACCUGCCCGUCGUCCCCGGUAAUCAUUCCGGACGACGACGACGAAGACAUCUUGAUCGUGGAGGCGAGCAGCACCCCAAAGCCCGGGGCCCCGAGCUUCGACCUGGCCAAGGUGAAGACGGAGCGGCGGGUGAGCGAGGACCCCGCGGGGAUGCACAUGGAGUGCAGCGACGACGCCGCCGUGGAGGUACCCACACGAGCCGCUGCCUCGGCAACAGCCUCUCCCUCGCCAGCGGCUCCCUCUACUGCUACGGCGACAGAGUCUGUCACCACAGCAACAGCCUCGACAGUUGCAACAGUCUCCACAGCCUCAGCGACAGACACUGCUGCCAGCACAGUUAAAGACAACCCUGCUGCCGUGGAGACAGCUGCCACCACCAUGGCAACCAGCGCCUGCUCUUCCCCUGAGCCGCUGCAGCAGGUUUCCGCGACAACCCAGACCGACAGGAAUCACCAGGUGAAGGAUGAGGAAGAGGAGAAGAGGAAGAAGAAAGAAGGGGAGAAUGAGGAGGGAAAAAAGGAGGGGGAGGUCCCACAGGAAGAAGAGAGGAGGGAAGAAGAGGCAGUGACAGAGGAAGUGCAGAUGGAGGUGGAGGCGGUGGUGGUGAAGGUGGAGAGGGAGGCAGAUGAGGAGAGCAGGCAUGAAGAGCAGGAGGUGGAAGAGGUUGCUGCAAUUGGGGAGGAGCCGCAGGCUGAGGGGGCGGGGAUGGACGGCGGUGGGGGCGGGGAGGGGGCGGAGCGGCCACAGGUGGCCGUGGAGCCGAAGGAGAGGCUGCUGAUGGAGGCACAGCAGCAGCAGGACCAGCUGGUGGAGCUGAUGCAGGCCGUGGCCCAGGAGAGAGACCAGUACAAGGCCCAGGUGCACCAGCUCACCUGCCAGGUGCAGGACCUGGAGACGCGCCUGCAGGAGCUCACCCACAGCGUGGUGAAGAAGGAGCUCUGCGACCAGGCCGUGGGGACCGAACAGGAGGAGCAGCAGCAGGAGGAGACGCACAGACUCUACCAGCGUGCCAAACAGGAAGUGGAGGAGCUGAAGCGCGAGCUGGAGGAGCAGGAGGCCAUGGAACAGGCAGGCAAGAGCUCCAGAAAAGAGGAGGAAGAGGAGGGGGAGAUGAAGGGCAGCGACGAGGAUGAGCUGGCGCUGCAGGUGGACGCUCUCCUCAGAGACCUGGACCAGAGCAACAAGGAGAGGGACGAGCUCCAGAGCCAGCUGGAGUCUGUGGAAGAGCAGAAGAACAGCCUCCUCUCUCAGUGUGAGCAGCUGCAGAGGACCCUGGAGGAGCUGAGAGCCCAGUGUAAACCCAGCGGGGAGACCACCACAGAAACCCCCCCUACAGGGGAGGACACAUCCAACCAACACACUUACCUCGACGCGGAGUCAGACAGGGCUGGCAACCUCAGGGCUGAGGGAAUGGAGUCUAACGGGUCUGUUAGCCCUGGUGCAAAUGCAAGGACGUCGGACUGCUCUGAUGGGGACGUACCGAGCAGAACUGGCAAUUCAUGUGCCAAUGGGGAUGUAUUGAACAGAGCUGGUGACCCCAGUGCUGAUGGGGAGGUGUCGAACAGAACUGGCGAUCAUAGUAAUGAAGGUGAUCUCCUAGAGGAGGUCACCGAUGACAGCAUCAGGGAGAGGUCACAGAACGGAGGCAGCCGGCCGGUUUCCCCAGAUCAGUCUCACAGGCUGGGGACUCUGAGGCAGAACAUGACCAGUCUGCUGGUGGCCGUCCUGCCCACCCUCUACCCAGAGCAGGCGAACAGCAGUCAGCUGACGGAGCAGGUCCUGGAUGACUUUUUUUCCAGGCUAACCACGUGGGGCCAUGCCGAAUCCUGCCCCCCCUCCUGAGGACGAGCACACCACUCACCUCCUCUCCUUUUACCUCCACUUCUGCUUUUUAAUUAUGAUUUAUUAUUUUUUUUUUAUAUCGAGUGCAAAAACGUACAAAAACUGAAUGUAUCUUUUUACUUUUGUACAGUCAUGUAUUUUUCUAUAGUUCCAGAUCAAUGGAUUAUUAUUAUUCUUAAAAAAAAAAAAAAGAAAAACAAACUGCUGACUCUUGCACUGAGAACACUGGAACCCUUUUUACAGAUUGAAAUAUUUACAGAUGACUGUGUCCCAGGAUUUUUUAAAAGAUGCUGAUCAUCUUUGCGUUUGUCAGUAUAUUCUAUAUUAAGAAUUCUCUCCAGCGAGACCAUUGUUAUUUUUUCUUCUUGGGACAGCUCUUCAGUGGAAUGGCGGAAGGACUCGUAGUGCAGCCACUCCUGACGGGUUGUGAUUGCACUGAUAUUAUGUUGGUCAUUUCCAGGGCUGUGAUGUCACAAGCUUCCAUGUGCAAGCGUAUGCGGCUUAAGAACAAAUGACUAAUUGUGUUCCUCAAGUCACGCUUCCAUUACGUUCUUCUGACCUACAGAGUUCAUGUUGUGGUCAGGCUCUCUGUUAAUGUUAUGUGAAUUUGUAAUUAUUUUCAGGAACGAUUUUUCAAAAAAUGUAUAAAGAGCCUUAAGGUUUCCUAAACGUUACCCAUGCAUUCAAGGAACUCGACUAACAGUUGUUCCUUUUGUAGUUUCUGACAUCACAUCCUCAUUACCAGGGGCCUAAAGUGUUCUGUUAAAGUUCUAGUUCACAGGUCUUUAUCGUAUAUAAUGUCUUCCAGGUGCUUGUAAUCCAGAUGGGAAGCUGCAUUAUAACGUGCUUUAUUUCUCUGUCCGCGCCCCGUCAUAUCCCACAUUGCACCACUUUCCAGGUACAGAAGGUGUAUUGGUACAGGGGUGUCACAUCCACCAGUAUUUGCUCGCUCAGCAUCCAUCCAAAACAAGUGACGGAACAGAAUGGGCGGAGCUAUCAUGUGUCUUCGGUUGCUUAUGGAUUUGACUUACUGUUGAAACCUGUGGGGGUUACAGGAGCCCCACUCUCCUGCCACUGCCCUAGCUGUGAGGUGGAGGUUAAUAUUAACUCCAGUCAUUAUGAGACUGUUUAGUUUCUCAUGAGCACUCAUUUUGCCCAUCAUGUUGUUUUUGCUUGAUUUAUCAAUCAACUCUGCUGGAUUUGAGACUCUCCAUAAAUAAUGUGUUACAAACUUUAACGAAUAACUCAUUAAAGAAGAAAUGUUAUCCUGAAAUAAUUAGCUAUUCGAGUCAUUUUACUUUUUUUUUUCAAAUCUUACAUUGCAAACUCAAUAUAUUGCAUUUAAACCAACCACACACCUUCUUAAAUCAUUGAAAGAAAACAUUUUUUUUCUGUGCAAGAUUUGACUUGACUUUUGACGGCAAGAUUCCCCUUUGUCACCUCAAGUCUUCCAUCUGAGAAAGCACACGGCGGAUGACUGGAUUUCAGCAAGACGUUUCCUGAUGACAGCUGAAAUGUAUCCAUAGCAAUAGGACAUGGGGUUGGAGAGACAGUUCUAUGAUUACUUAAAUUCCAGUUGUGAUUUCUUUUAUAUUUUGUCAUUUGUACAGAUUAUAUGAUAAGAGACUAUUUUUGUGGAACAAAAAUGGUGAUUUUUGUUGUCCCGUACUAAUGUUUCCCAUGUAUUUUGUUUUGCUUUAUAAAGGAGGCCUGGUGUGAAGGGAUGAUGCAUUAUGGGUUUUCUGCAGCUCCCCACAAUGCCUGCCCAGUUGCUGGCAGUAUGUACAUAGUUUCCUAGAACAAACUGCUGUUUAGAAAAAAGAAUCCUGAUCAUUUUGAGGUACUACAGAUUAAUAUUUACAUGUUUGGCCAUUUUACAUGGGAAUUCAAAGCCAAAUGAAUAUUGGUGAUGGACAAAAAGAUCGAGACUAAGGGUGCAUCAAAGGGAGACUUGAAUAAAUGAUGUCCUUGUAAUUUGGUUGAUACCUGCAGGGAUGAUCUUAUUUGAGUUUAGUGCAAAUGAGAUCUACUGCAGGUAUGAUCUUGUUUGAGUCUAGCGCAAAUGAGUAAAUUGGUUUAGUGCUGCAACGAUGCAACACUUGUCCAUCACUAGCAAUAAAUUCACUGGUGAGCUAGAACAUUUGUUGUCACCUGAAAGGCUGUAAUUUAAUUAAUUUAUCCGUCUGCUUUUGUUUCACCAUGGACAAUAAAUAUGGGAAUAAAUUGAGAAGUUUGUUGUGAA